ACGGCGUAAGAGGUGUUCUACGAGUCACAAUGGCGGUCGCAGGCAGCUCGGCCAAGAGCGCCAUGUCGCGGGUGGGCCGUUUAUCCCAAGAGAAGGCGUACAAGAAAUACACUGUGCAGCCGACUGGUAUCUGGGGCAGGAUCAACCGGUGGCUCGCGGUCGACCCGAACCGAUCAACUGGCAUUCCUAUGAACCCUCACUUCCGCAACCCUACACCCGGUGGCAACGAUCCGUCUCUAUACGACGACGUUGUGACCGUGCCGGCGGGCGACCUCGCGGAGAACCCAUAUUGGAAACGUGACGUGAGAAGACAGUACCCUCAGCUCUCAAUCGUGAACCAGGCGGAUGUCGUGGGCCUCUUGACCGUAGGUUCGGCAGCAGCACCCAAGGAGGACGUGCUGCAGAUAGGCGAUGCGGGCAACAAGCAGCUGGUGGCACUGAAGGAGGAGGGGCAGCAAGGCCUUGCUGCAUUUUUCGAGAAGGACAAGAGCGCUUUCAAGGGGAUACUAGGACCAGACAACAUGCCACCUUUGCCUCCGUCCCGGCACCUAACUGGCAAGCGGUACGAGAUGCUCAAGGAGCAGACCUAUGGAACUCAGUAUCCGUGUCGGACAUUCGAGUAGCGUGCAUCGUUGUUACCGUUUUUGGGUAGGUCUGUAUAUGUUCUGCACCUCUGACAACGCUAUCUGUCACCUAUCACACCGUCCUAGUCAUAACCCGUAGUGCGCGCAUAAGAACUCUCGUCCUGAUAGGCAGAAGCGCUUUUGGCAGACCAGGGAAGAGCAAGCGCGCAGUCGCGACUGCCUCAUUUGCAUAGCACAAGAACC